UCUCUCUUCUUCUCCAGGCUCGGCAUCACCGCUUCGGCGUGCGGCCUCCUGUUCUUCUGGUUCCAGGGUUUGUCCUCGGUUCGCCGUCGUCUACCUCCAUUUCUCUUGGAUCGGGGUUACGUUUAGGGUUAGGGUUUCAUAGAGGAAGAGGUCUCGCUCUGGGGUUCCUCCUCGUCUUCUCUAGGGUUUCUCUGGCCAUGGCCACCACCGAGAUCGAGGCGUCUAUCAAGUCGAUCCCGGAGAAGAAGGAGAGCCUCCGAAAGGCCUUGGAAGCCCUCCACUCCUACUCCUCCUCCUUUGCCUCUUUCACCCUCGAGUGGAAGGACCUCGACUACCACAUUUCCGCCAUCGAGAAGUCCAUCCAGGAACGCUUCAAGGAUCUCCAGGCCAAGGAGGCCCCACGAUCCGCCGCAGCCGCUUCCUCCCCGCCGGAGGCGAAGCCGACUCCGGCUGCAGCGGAGGAGCCCGAGGCCACUCCGAGGCCGGAGCUCAAAUCCCUGUGCGUCGCGAUGGACGCCCGGGGUCUCAGGUCGUUCCUCAGCGAGAGACGGAAGGACUUCAGUGCCGUCCGGAACGAGCUAACCCCGGCCAUCCGAGCGGCCCCCGAUCCGGCCAAGCUGGUCUUGGAUGCUAUGGAGGGCUUUUACCCUCCAAAAUCCAAAGGCGAGAAGGAUGGGGAAACGCAGAUGAUUAGGAAGACUUAUGUCAAUCUUUUGGAGCGUGUUCAGGUGAUCGCUCCAGAGAUCAAACCUGCAGUUAGGUUGCAGGCGAAGAAACUGGCGAUGGCGUGGAAGGGGAACAUGGCUGAUAGCGGGGGAGAAAAUGGAUUAGAGGCUAUGGGCUUGCUGCAGCUCAUUGUGUCAUACAGUUUGGUCUCAGAAUUUGAGGUUGAUGACAUUUUGGAUCUCCUUGUCAUAGCUUGUCGGAGGAAGCAGACUGUAGAUCUGUGUAAGAGCCUUGGGUUCACAGAACACAUACCUGAUCUUAUUCAGAAACUGAACAGUAGGGGAAAGCAACUUGACUCGGUAAAAUUUGUCUAUGCUUUCAAUUUGGAGGAGCAAUGUCCACCAGUACCCCUUCUGAAAGCCUAUGUAAUGGAAUCCAAAAAGGCUGCUAAAGAAGUACGAAAGAAGGGAAAUAAUUCGAGUCAAUCACAGAAUGAGGCCAUCUCGAAAGAACUUGGUGCUUUGAAAUCAGUGCUCAGGGCUGUUGAGGAGUAUAAGCUGGAGGCUGCAUAUCCGCGUGAAAAUCUGGAGAAGCAGAUUGCCAGAUUAGAGAAACUGAAAGCAGACAGGAAGCGCACGGCAGCAGCUGCAUCAAACUCAAAGACUCAGCAGCAACCUAAUAAACGUCCUUGGCAAUCGAGCAGUUCAAAACCAGCUGUUGCUGUGCAUACCGUGCUGCCAGUAAUUCAAAAUCAGCCCCAGCUUGGAUUGGCUGACCGGGCUCCAUAUGUGGGUCUGGGUGGGUCUUAUAGUCUUGCUGCGACUGGUUCUCUCUACAACCAUGCUGGUCAAAAUGUUUCUGGAACUCCAAUUGGACUAGGUGGACUUCGAAGUCCUCCUAGAUCAUAUCUCUAUCCAUCAAAUUCUCUUGUUGGUACUGGUGGGUUGUAUGAUAGGCCAGUAAACCAUGCUGGUUACCCUGCUUCGGGUAUGCCUCCAUCUUAUGGUUCUUCGCUUUACCCUCCAUAGGUUGUCAAUGUCUAGUCUCUUUUGGUCUAUAAAUCUAGGUCAACCAAAUAUAACAUUAUACUAGUUUUUUGCUUUUUAGAAACUGCAUAAUAGUUUUUUAUCUUGUUGAUGUUAUUUAGUGGCUUUGUAUUUUGGAAAUUUCAGUUUUGACUAUUAUGUCUGAUGUGUAGUGGUAAUCAUCAUUUCCACCUUGCCAUUUAUUGUUGUAAGAUUGCGGUUCAAUAUUAAUAUGGUUGGGGUUGGAUGCUA